ACGCAAGCAAAUACCUGGCCCGUAGCACAUUAUGAAAAUAAAAGCACUUUCUAGAUCCGCUGCGGCGUUGCAGGAGCCAGGCUCAAAUACCUCUAAGCUCCCUCGAAAUCUCGAUCCCGCACAGCAUCCCUUCGAGAGAGCUCGGGAGUAUACAAGGGCCCUCAAUGCCACAAAGCUUGAACGCAUGUUCGCCGCGCCCUUUGUGGCACAAUUAGGCAAUGGACAUGUGGAUGGUGUAUAUUGCUUAGCGAAAGACCCAGUGUCGCUUGAACGUUUCGCCAGCGGAAGUGGUGAUGGAGUUGUCAAGGUCUGGGAUCUGGCGACGCGGGAUGAGAUAUGGCAUGCUCCGGCACACGAGAACAUCGUCAAGGGCAUGUGUUGGACGUCAGAUAGUAAACUACUCUCAUGCGCAGCCGACAAAACAAUCAAACUAUUCGAUCCCUACGGUUCUGCAUCUGAGACCCCUCCGCUCGCAACGUAUUUUGGGCAAUCUGCAUUCACCGGUGUUUCUCACCACGAAACCCACCCCUCAUUUGCCGCAUCCUCGUCCGUAAUUUCCAUAUACGAUUUAUCCCGUCCAUCCUCCACACCCUCUCAAACCCUCCACUGGCCCACGAGCACUGACACAAUCACCGCCCUCGCCUUUAACCGGACGGAAACGUCCAUUCUCGGCUCCACGGCCACUGACCGAUCGAUCAUACUGUAUGAUCUCCGCACCUCAUCUCCAGUUACGAAAAUGAUUCUCAAGCUUGCGUCAAAUGCGAUAUCCUGGAACCCGAUGGAAGCUUUUAACUUUGCCGUUGCCAAUGAGGACCAUAACAUAUAUAUAUUCGAUAUGAGGAAGAUGGACCGCGCGUUGAACGUGCUGAAAGACCAUGUUGCAGCUGUCAUGGAUGUUGAGUUUAGUCCGACGGGAGAAGGCUUAGUUAGUGCCUCAUAUGACCGCACUGUGCGAUUGUGGGAUCGGAGCAAGGGCCACUCGAGGGAUAUUUAUCACACCAAACGAAUGCAAAGGGUAUUCUCCGCAAAAUUCACACCAGAUAACAAAUACAUUCUUUCUGGCUCAGACGACGGCAACGUUCGUCUCUGGCGCGCCGAGGCAUCUUCGCGAAGCGGCAUUAAGAGUGCGCGGGAGAGACAAAAACUCGCGUAUGAUGAGGCACUUAAGCAGCGGUAUGCGCAUAUGCCAGAGAUUCGCCGCAUUAAGCGUCACCGCCACCUACCCAAGGCUAUUAAAAAGGCCGGGGAGAUCAAGGCCGAGGAGAUUGCUGCUAUUAAGAGAAGAGAAGAAAAUCUACGCAAGCAUACUAAGAAGAAAGGCACAAUGCCGAGGCGUAGUGAAAGAGAAAAGAUGAUUUUGGCUAGGGAGCAGUAAACCGUACGGGGUUCUCGCACUGGCGCAAGGGACUUGGGCGUUUGGUGUUUGGUUCGUUAGUUUCUUUCUUUCUUGUUUAUUUUUUUUCCUCGGCGCGCCAAUAACCAGGUUACGUUCAACGAAAUGACUCUGUGGACACGAAGAUUAAUUAUUUGAAUGAGCGAUGGCCACUAGCACGAUGUGGUAGGGCAGGAUUACGGAUAGAAAGAACUGAAACGAGUCGAUUGUUCUCCAUCUAUGGAAACGAUUGAAAGUCUAUCAGCUGAAAUUAAAACCUGCUCACCAGGAGCGGACUGACAUUAUUAUCGUUACUUUAUCCCGCGAACACUACAUAUGCAUGUACGCAUGAUAUAUAUAUAUAUAUAUAUAUAGAAGCUCCUUUCCUCGGGGGGGCAUGCCAGCACACACCCAUGCAGAACCUAUUUCACAUCCCUAUCGCCACUUUCUAUCCUUCCACCUCCCUCCCCUCCUCCUCCUUCGCCAACGGAAUUGACAUGGACGAAGUGACAGCCUUCCUGCCAACUGCCCUAUCAAUCCCACUCAUAUACCUCGCCAGCCGUUGAAUGGCUACAGGUAAUAUCGCAUACCAACUAACCAGCGUCGCAUAAGCCGGUAGCCUAAUAACCCCACCGUUCCCACUAUCAACUGCCGCGACAAUGUCCCGUGCAACCUGCACAGGUUCCAAGACAGGCGCAAAGAAAUUAUUCGGAGUCUGCACGUCGUCAAAGAGUGGCGUGGCCAUCUGGCCCGUCUCGACUAGAAGCAUUUUUACCCGCUCAUUGUCGCCUGAGGUGCGCAGCUCGGCCUCAACGGUUUUGUGCACGGCGCCAAUGGCUGCCUUCGUGGCUGAGUAGUCUGAGAGGCCGGCCGGGGUAAGGUAGCUGCACACGGAACUUAGAGUGACGAUUGUACCGCCGGUGGGAGAAGUCAGCAUUCCCGGGAGGAAUUGCUGAAGGGUAUUGAAGCAGGAGAAAAGGUUUGCGUGGAUGGUUCUUGAGAUGUCGGCGGGGGAGAGGGAUGUUAUCGACAUGCCGUUGAUGGGGGCAGCAAUGCAGUUUAUGAGAAUCGUCGGGGUUCCAAGCUAGUAGUUUUCAAUUUAAAAUUAGCAUUAAUCCCAGUAUAUUUAAAACAAAUGGAUACAUCGCAAUCCCUUCAGUAGCACACAAUUGAACAAGAGCCCCAAAACACCCCCGUUGAACGUCAACGUAGCAGACAUGGGAGAACAUACCUCUUUUUCAAUCACUUGCCGAACCCUCUUCACCUCCGCCAAAUUACCCACAUCACACUUGAAAUACCUAACGCUAUGCACCUCCUCCCACUCUUCCAUUCCUCGCUCUUCGCCCUCCCCUUUCCCUUCCCCUUGACCCUCCGCUCCAAGAUCCCGCACAUCCAACACCGCCACAUCCACCCCCCGCAUCCCAUAUAUCUCCGCAACCAACAGGCCUAACCCACUCGCACCUCCCGCCACAACCACAACCUCAUCCUCCAACGACACCUCCCUCGGCAACCCAUAAGCAACUCGCUUGUUCACGAUAUUCAACAACAGCGCGAAUGAAAGGAGCGCGGCAUAGGCUGUUGUGACGAUGAAGGAAGUGUGGGAGUAUGGGGUCGCUUGGGCGCGGAGGCAGAGGGGGAUGAGCCAGGCUAUGAAAGGGUGGAAGAUCGUUCUGUGCAGGACGCGGAGGAUGAGGUCGAGAUUUAGGGCAUCGAUCCAGCGAGGGUUUGGGCGGGAAGUGGUCGUUGAGCGAAGGGGUGUGGAGGAAGGCGACGGCGAGGAGGAUUUGGAGCGGCGCCGGUUCAUGGUUUUGAUAGGUGACGCAGUUUGAGUCAAUGUGAAUUGAGGUUCUGAUUAAGGUCGCGAAUGGGAUUUUGUUAAUCCUUGAAUUGGCGAUGGAGGAGUAGGUCGCAUAGGGGACUUCAGGGUUUGAGAUGAGUGAAGCAAAUAAUUAAUUGAGCGCUCUGGACAGGGGUGCCGUUUAGAGAUCCUUUCGAAUUAUUUGUUUACACGAAAGAAAAAGACACGGAUUGUAAGUAUAGGUAGACUUUUCCCGGGCGUUACGAAGAUGGAAUGAAUGAUUAUUCUGACGCUCGCCGGGUUUCAGAGUGACGUGACAUCACUAGCAGCAGCACUAUUCCCCGAUUCCCACGUACAGCACCAUUCGGACAUUUUUAAUUUAUCUAGCAUAUCUGUAAUCCAUGGAGUUACACCACGGUAUUUUUAUAAUAUGUUGAGGGUCGUCGGACGAAAACUACAACAUUAUAGUAUACCAAAGAGACUCAAAGCAAGUAAAGCUAAAACUGAAAGGCAGCUAACAGUGGAAUCUUUCUGAGCCCGAGUGGGAUUCAUGCAAUGGAGCCCUGCUCGCGAUGGAUGGAAGGCCACUGAAUAUACCAAGCUAGAUCAUAAUAUCUCGGGAGAGCGAAAACCAGACCCUCUCCCUUAUAUUGGCAAUAUAUCACUGUAUUUGCCUGCAAUUGGAAUUGUGGUUCUUCCUGUUACGGCGACGCCACUGCAGAGUCAACAUCACAGCUCAAUAUCUACAUGAG